AUCGCUGGAGAUCUACAAAAUAUGAACAGACAUUGGAAUAUGGAUCGCGUUUUCCAGGAAACGAGGAAAAUUGUAGGAGCAAUUUUGCAGGUGAUAACAUAUCAAGAAUUCCUUCCAGCACUAAUCGGACCAUUUUUCAACAGGCUUGUUCCGCCCUACGCUAGGUACAACCCAUCCAUUAAUCCUGGAAUAUUAAACGAGUUCGCUGCAGCAGCUUACAGACUUCAUGGAAUGAUUCAAGAAGGUUAUCCACUGAUAGGUCCCAGCUUUGAGAACAUUGGUCAAGUGUCUUUCAUCAGUGGAGUCGGAAGAAUCGAGCAAGUUCUGACAGCUAUCGACGCAAUGUACCGGUCAGUUGCACGUAACAGAAGAGUUUGA